UCCUGUAAGGAAAGCACAGACAGGCUGUGUGCUAUCACUGCUGCUUUUACUCUAACAUGAACAUGAAAGUGUUAGUUGCCGUUUUGGUGCUAGCUCUGGCUACAAUUUUUGCUCUAGUCUGUGUUUUGCUGACAAAGAAGGAAAAGAAAGCCACCAGUUGUGUCUACCCUGAACUACCAAUUUCCUCCGAGGGGCCCAACAGAGAACAAAGUGAGGUUUUUGCUGAUCUGACAGCUGAUGAAAUGACUCAGGUGGUGAAGUAUCUCAAGAAGAAUCUCGGGGUGUACCUGGAGGAUGCAUUUCAUGCAAAACCACCAGAUAAUUGCAUUUACUAUGUGGAUGUGUACUUCCCAUCUAAAGCAAAAGUUCUGAGCUUCCUUGAUCGUGGAAGGGAAGAGCCACCUCGGCAGGCACUGGCUGUGGUAUACUUUGGAAGUCAGUCAGAUCCAAACAUUACAGAAUUUGUAGUAGGUCCACUUCCAAAUCCAAUGUACCAUCGAGAUAUUACAGUGCGGAAAUUUGGCAAGAAGGUCCCUUAUUACAGCAGACCCGUGACUGAGAGAGAAUAUAAAGACAUUGACUUGUUCAUUUUCCAUAAGCUCUUCAACACCUCCAACUUCCUCAAAAUGUGCUGCAAUUAUGAGAUGUCUGAUUUAGCUACUCUAACCACAGCUCCAAGAGGAUUUGAGUCUGGUGAAAGAGCCACUUGGUUUGUCCUCUUCCAGAAUGUGAUUGGCAGUGGAUAUUACAUACAUCCUAUUGGCUUGGAGAUGCUGGUGGAUCACAGCAGUCUGAACAUCUCUGAAUGGAAGUUGAGGAAAGUAUUCUAUAAUGGGCAAUAUUACCAGGAUAUGGCCCAUCUGGAAAAAGAGUUCAAGAAUGGACAGGUGAAGGAGGCAAGAAUCAAGAGUAGUCAGCUGCAGAUGGACUAUGCUUCCAGGAAGCGAUUUGAACCAGUAGCUUUUUCAGGCCCGUUUCAAUUUGAGACCCAAGGAAAGCGCUAUACUGUAACUGGCAGCCAUGUUACCUAUCAGUCAUGGAAGUUUACCUUUGGGAUGAAUGUGAACACAGGGCCACGUCUUUUCAAUAUCAGAUUUAAUGAUAAGAGGAUUGUCUAUGAGUUGAGUCUGCAAGAAGCUCUUGCCACUUAUGGUUCCAAUUGUCCUGGAGGAAUGGUGACCAGAUACAUGGAUGGUAGCCUUGGAAUUGGCAAGUUUUCUUAUGAACUAGUCCGGGGUGUGGACUGCCCCUACAUGGCCACCUAUGUGAAUCGGCAUUACCUAAUAGACUCUGACACUCCCAAACUAAACAAGAACUCCUUCUGCAUCUUUGAACAUGACAUGGGUGUCCCUCUGCGUCGCCAUUUUUCCAAUUUUGGCUCUUUUUACUAUGAGGGGUUACCCAAAUAUGCUUUGGUUUUAAGGUCUGUUUCUACCCUCAUUAACUAUGACUAUGUCUGGGAUUUUGUAUUCUAUCAAAAUGGUGCUAUAGAAGUCAAGGUCCAUGCUACAGGAUACAUCAGCUCUUCAUUUUUUAUGGAAGGUGGUACUAAGUAUGGAAACAAGGUUGGGGAGUACACACUUGGAACCAUGCACAACCAUCUGAUAAACUACAAAGUUGACUUGGAUGUAGAAGGAGUCAAGAACUCUUUGGUGGAUCUUGACAUGACAUAUGAAUCUGUGCAGGCCCCUUGGAGCCCAGAGCAUAUAAUCCAGCGACCAAUCCUCACUCAGCAAGUCCUGGACACAGAAGAAAAAGCUGCUUUCCCACUUGAUGGCAAAAUCCCACGGUACCUGCUUUUCAGUUCUAACAAUGAAAACCAGUGGGGCCACAAACAGAGCUAUCGCAUCCAGAUCAUCAGCUUUGCAGGCAAGCACUUACCACAAAGAAGCCCCAUGGAGAAGGCCAUCAGCUGGGGCAGGUACAAGCUGUCUAUCACUAAGCAGAAAGAGGAAGAAUUAACAAGCACCUGCAUCUAUAACCAGAAUGAUCCAUGGGAUCCCCUGGUGACCUUUGCAAACUUCAUAGACAAUGAAACCAUAGUCAAUGAGGAUCUUGUGGCCUGGAUCUCAGUUGGAUUUUUACAUGUGCCACAUGCUGAGGACAUCCCCACUACUGUAACAGUUGGCAACGGAGUAGGCUUCUUACUUCGUCCUUAUAACUAUUUUGAUGUUGAUCCCUCUAGCAGCUCCCUUGACAGCAUCUACUUCAGAGAGGACGAAGAUGCAGGCAAAUGUGAUGUCAACCAAAUUGCUUGCUUGCAACAAACAGUUACAUGUUUUCCCAGCCUACCUCCUUUCACUUACAAUGGCUUUGAAAACUUGACAAAUCCAUAACAAGAAGAAUCCACAUUUAUACUCUGGCUUAACUUUUUUAAAAAUGCAAAGGCUAAAGAAUGACUGGCUUGAGCAUGCCUACUUCCACAUUUCUAUUCUGUCUAUUCUAUUCCUUACUUUUGGCCACCUCUCACUGUUUUCAAUUUGAAGUUAGGAUUUUUUUUUAGACUAAUUCAAUGGAGAAUUUCUGCUUUCAACUGACAAUCAAAUGUUUUACCCAGGCUUUUUACGCAUUAUGGUUUUGAACCUAAUAUUCUAAAUUUUCUAGUAUGUAUAGGUUUUCACUUUAUGGAAAUUAGUGGUGAUCUAAAUUGAGGUAGGAUAUCAUUUGCUUUGCAUAUUAGAGAAAUAAUCCAGCAAGGACUUGCUCAGAUAAAUAAUAAUUAGAAUGCACUAAAUGCUUUCAAAUGAUCAUAGCAAUAUACUGAUUUUUAAAAUCUCCAAGUAUAGAAAGAUGAUUAGUUUAUUAAACUGUAAUUCCAGGCCAAAAGUCUUUAUACCUAUCAUGCAUGUGGACACUAUUUUCAUCCACUUGGAGAAGAAAUUCUUUAAAUUGGGCAAGGGCUUACUAUACCAAAAGUUUUCUCAUUCUCCUACCAGCUCCAACCCCAGCAAUCUUUUUCAGUAUAACACGAAAUGCUUGUUUCCUAUGAUAAUGUCAAUCCCUGUGAAAGAGCAGAGGUGGCGCAGUGGUUAGAGUGCAGUACUGCAGGCCACUUCAGCUGACUGUUAUCUGCAGUUCGGCG